AUGCCGAACAUAUCUGCUACCAUAAAAUCAGCUUCGUUGAAGCGCCUCAUAGUCUCUAUGAAGGAUGCUCAAUCAAGUCUUAACGACAUCUGGAGAUUUGUGGAAGGUUCCAAGAACGUCGAGACUGAUAUCUGCCAACUGGAAGUACGUUUGGAGAAACUAGAUAUUGCGUGGGAGAAGUUCUCAGAAACUUUAAUCGACAUCAAAUGUCACGAUGAUUUCGAUGACGAGGAAGAUUUUUAUGAAAAAGAGCGAGUUGAAUUCAGUGAUCGUUAUUAUCAGGUCAAAUCAUUUCUAUUGAGUAAAGUUAGAGAGAGACAGGAACAGUCAUCAUCAACACAAUCCAUUCCAGCUAAUGUUACCAUGCAACAUGGAACAUUAGAACAUGUCCGCUUACCACAGAUCAGAUUGCAAUCAUUCGAUGGCAACAUCGAUCAAUGGUUGAGUUUUCGAGAUUUAUACACCUCACUCAUACACUGCAAAACUGACCUGCCAGAUGUGGAGAAAUUCCACUAUCUGAAGGGGUGUUUACAAGGGGAGCCGAAGGCUCUCAUUGAUCCACUACCGCUCACGGGAGCAAAUUAUGAAAUCGCCUGGGAUAUGUUGCUUCAUAGAUACAACAACAGCAAGCUGUUAAAGAAACGUCAAAUUCAAUCACUUUUCCAACUACCCACAAACACUAAAGAAUCUGCCAAGGAAUUGCAUACACUCUUAGACACAUUCGAUCGAGCUGUCAAAACCCUGGAUCAAAUUGUGAAACCAGAGGACUACCGUGAUCUGCUGUUAGUAAAUAUUUUAACAACACGGCUAGACCCUAUUACACGACGCGGCUGGGAAGAACUUUCGGCAAACAAGGAGCAGGAGACUUUGAAAGAUCUCACUGAUUUUCUACAACGCAGAGUGCAAAUGUUGGACUCACUACCUUCACGGAUCGAUGAUCAUAAAAACAACAUUUCUUUCCACCCACAACAAAAACAUAAACAAACUUUAUUCAAAACUAGUCACUAUGGAACACAAUCAACAAGCACUAAUUGCCCUGUUUGUAAGGAAAAGCACUUUCUUUUCCAGUGUAAUGCAUUCCUCAGGAAAACUGUCCCAGAAAAAGAUGCAAUUCUAAAAACACACUAUCUCUGUAGAAACUGCUUCAGAGCAGGUCAUCACGCGAAAGUAUGCCAGUCGAAAAACUCCUGCCGAAAUUGCGGCGGUCGGCAUCACACUCUGGUCUGCUUCAGGAACGAAAACAGGAACUCCCGCGCUGUAUCCUCCGCUGCAUCCUUGGAAUCUGCUCCAAUUCCGUCGACAUCUGAAGUGGCGAACAUAGCAGCCACUGAUGUUUUGGUUUCCAGUGCUGCUCACUGUUUUUCAUCGCAGGUUCUAUUGGCUACGGCUGUUGUCAUAGUUGUUGAUAAACACGGCAAUCGGUACCCAGUUCGGGCUUUGUUAGACUCGGGAUCGGAAAGCAAUUUUAUUUCCGAACGAAUCAGUCAGAAGCUCAAGGUGGAUAGACAUAAGGCAGACGUGUCUGUUGUGGGCAUUGCAGAAUCCACCUCCAACGUUAAACAAACAAUAGAUGCUACGGUAAAAUCACGGGUGACGGAAUUUUCACUCACAACAAAUUUCCUGGUAUUAGCGAAGGUGACUGUAAAUCUACCAACGGCAAAUAUUAACACUAAGGGAUGGAAUAUACCAGAGGGAAUACAAUUAGCUGAUCCUUCGUUUUGCCUAUCUCAAGCUGUGGAUAUGAUUCUGGGAGUAGAAUCAUUUUUCGGGUUUUUCGAAUCUGGACGAAAAUUAUCGUUAGGAGAAGGAUUACCGGUUUUGGUGGAGUCUGUUUUUGGAUGGAUUAUUUCUGGUGGAGUACCCCGUAGAGGGCGUUCGGUUCAAGUCAAUUGCAAUACUUCUGCAUUAGAGGAACUCAACAAUUCAAUUGCUCGGUUUUGGUCAUGUGAGGAAAUCGAAACAGCGGUUAAUUAUUCACCGGAGGAAGCACGUUGCGAAGCAUUAUUCGUACAAUCUAUUCGGCGAGGAGAAGAUGGACGGUAUUCUGUUUCUCUACCCAAAAACGAAGUUGCCAUGGUUAAACUUGGGAACUCAAAAGAUAUUGCACUUCGUCGUUUGCAUGGAACAGAGAGACGAUUAGCUAGGGAUAAUAAUCUAAGGGAACAUUAUGUGGAAUUCAUGCAAGAAUAUUUACGUCUGGGGCACAUGAAGAAGAUCGAAGACAUGAUUCAAGGUUCGGUUAAGCGGUGCUUUUUACCGCAUCAUCCAGUGGUCAAGGAGGAUAGUACCACUACUAAGGUUCGGGUGGUCUUUGAUGCUUCGUGUCCCACUUCUUCAGGAAUAUCUUUAAACGAUACACUUCUAUCGGGACCGGUAAUUCAGGAGGAUUUACGGUCAAUUAUUCUUCGUUCCCGAACAAAACAAAUUAUGUUGGUGGCCGAUGUUGAAAAAAUGUUUCGGCAAAUCUAUAUCGUACCGGAAGAAAGACCAUUACAGUCAAUACUUUGGCGAUUUUCGGAAUCAGAGGAGAUAGGAAUCUACGAGCUGAGUACGAUUACAUACGGAACCAAACCCGCUCCGUUCCUGGCAACGAGAACUCUUAAACAAUUGUCAUUGGAUGAGGGAGGUAAUUUUCCACUCGCAGCAAGGGCUGUGUGUGAAGACACAUAUAUGGACGAUGUUAUAACGGGAGCGGAACAUCUUGAUGAUGCGGUCAAUUUAAGAAUUCAAUUGGAGAAAAUGAUGAUGAAAGGUGGUUUCAAGUUGAGGAAAUGGGCGUCGAAUAAUUCAAAGGUUCUUGAAGGGAUUCCCGAGGAUAAUUUGGCAAUACGAGUGACCGAGGAAGUUGACCUCGAUCCCGAUCCAGCUGUAAAGACACUUGGGCUAAUUUGGAUGCCUAAUUCAGAUACACUGAAAUUGAAAAUCAAUAUUCCCACUAUGAGCGACAACGUAACUCUAACGAAACGUCGAGUUUUAUCAAUCAUUGCUACAUUAUUCGACCCACUGGGACUUGUUGGGGCAACUAUAACAACGGCUAAGAUAUUCAUGCAGCUGUUAUGGACUAUAGAAGAUGAAACGGGACAGAUAAUUGGAUGGGACCAACCAUUGUCUUCGACGGUGGGUGAGCUUUGGCGAAAUUUUCAAAAUCAGCUACCUUUAUUAAACCACAUUCGGAUUGAACGCUGUGUGAUUAUUCCAAGAGCGAUUCGUAUGGAAAUUCACUGUUUUUCCGACGCGUCAGAAAGAGCUUAUGGUGGAUGUUUGUAUCUUCGUAGUCUGGAUGCAACAGGAAAUGUUAUGGUUCGUUUGUUAACUUCAAAAUCCCGAGUGGCACCCCUCAAAUGUCAAACUAUUCCUCGUUUGGAGCUUUGUGGAGCGCUUUUAGUGUCUCAAUUAUUCAAAAGGGUGAAAGAAUCUAUAAAGAUGAAUAUCGACGCUUACUUCUGGACAGAUUCUACAUGCGUUAUGCGCUGGAUUAAGGCAUCACCUACUUGUUGGACCACUUUUGUAGCGAACAGAGUGUCCAAAAUCCAAACAAUCACGAACGGAUACACCUGGAGGCAUGUUCCGGGCAUUCACAAUCCGGCAGAUCUUAUCUCGAGAGGAGUAUUUCCAGAAGAUAUCGUAAAUAAUAAAUUUUGGUGGAAUGGUCCAGGCUGGCUUGAGCUGGAACAGAGCAAAUGGCCAGCUUCUAAUGAAGAAAUUCCUGAAAGUGCUGACAUAGAAAAACGGCGAACGGUUGUUGCAAAUCCGGUAUCACCGGCAACGGAAUUCAACGAAUGGUUCAUUUCAAAGUUUUCGUCGUAUUCUGAUCUUUUGAGAAAGACGGCUAUUUGGCUGCGGUUGAUGAAUCUUCUAAACCGAGAAAACCGAAUCACUGGUUUUAUAUCCACCAUAGAAUUGGAACGGGCGGAAUUUAUUUGGAUCCGACGAGUUCAGCAGGAAGUUUUCCCAGAGGAAUUGAAGGCCUUGGCUAAGGGCGAUGCAGUUCCAAGACGGUCGCCAUUGAGAUGGUUUAAUCCAUAUAUUUCUGCGGACAAUAUUUUGAAGGUGGGAGGCCGAUUGAGGCAUUCGAAUGAAGCGGAGGAUACUAAACAUCCCUCAGUAUUACCAGCUCGGCAUACACUAACCCGUUUAUUAUUGAAGCAAUAUCACGAGCGUUUACUCCAUGCUGGACCUCAGCUAAUGAUGAGUGCAGUUAGACUCAGAUAUUGGCCACUUGGCGGAAGAAAUGUAGCUAGAGAGAUUGUCCACAAAUGCGUGAAAUGCUUUCGUUCCAAACCCACACUAGCACAGCAGUUCAUGGGUGAAUUACCAGCUGCAAGAGUUAGAGUAUCUCGUCCAUUCUUGCAUUCAGGAGUAGACUACUUUGGACCAGUCUACAUACGUCCCGGUCCCCGACGCCAAUCUCAUAAGGCAUACGUGGCUGUGUUUAUUUGUCUCUGUACAAAGGCAGUCCACCUGGAAUUAGUUUCGGACUUAUCAACGGAUCGUUUCAUACAAGCGUUGCGUCGAUUUGUUGCUCGUCGUGGAAAAUGUAGUAGUUUGUACUCCGAUAACGGCACGAAUUUUGUUGGGGCUCGUAAUAAAUUAAAGGAAUUAUUGAUUAUGCUGAAGGAUCAACAACACAGAGAGCAGGUGUCCAAAGUGUGUGCCGAUGAAGGUAUGCGGUGGCAUUUCAAUCCCCCCAGUGCUCCCCAUUUUGGAGGUUUAUGGGAAGCAGCAGUGCGAGGGUUAUUAAGGCGAGGGCUAUUAAGGGUUAUUGGAGAGAAUCCUGUAUCAUUAGAGGACAUGAAUACCCUUCUCAUUCAGGUUGAAGCAUGCCUGAACUCAAGACCCCUCACCCCGCUUUCCGAUGAUCCAAAUGAUUUGGAGCCGUUAACUCCCGCUCACUUCUUGGUUGGUGAAUCAUUACAAGCUAUCCCGGAACCGAAUCUUGAGGAAAUUCCCCUAAACCGUUUGAAUCAGUGGCAGCUUAUUCAACGCAGACUCCAAACGUUUUGGUCUAGAUGGCGAAAGGAAUAUUUAUCGCAACUACAAGCACGAACGAAACGAUGGCGUCCAGCAAUUAAAAUCGAAGUAGGAAAAUUGGUAAUAAUAAAGGACGACAAUUUGCCACCCAUGCGUUGGAAGCUGGGCAGAAUAAUUGAAGUCCAUCCUGGUGCCGAUGGCAUCGUCAGAGUGGUCACUCUUAAAACGGCGAAUGGCAAUCUAAAGCGUCCAGUGGAGAAAAUCUGCAUCUUACCUGUGUAG